UUUUUGUCUAACACUAAAAAUUUUUACUUUUAACAGAAAUUAGCAGAGUGCGGAAAGACAUGUACAAUGACACAUUAAAUGGCAGUACAGAGAAAAGGAGUGCAGAAUUGCCUGAUGCUGUGGGACCCAUUGUUCAGUUACAAGAGAAACUUUAUGUGCCUGUAAAAGAAUAUCCAGAUUUUAAUUUUGUUGGGAGAAUCCUUGGACCUAGAGGACUUACAGCCAAACAACUUGAAGCAGAAACAGGAUGUAAAAUAAUGGUCCGAGGCAAAGGCUCAAUGAGGGAUAAAAAGAAGGAGGAACAAAACAGAGGCAAGCCCAAUUGGGAGCAUCUAAAUGAAGAUUUACAUGUACUAAUCACUGUGGAAGAUGCUCAGAACAGAGCAGAAAUCAAGCUGAAGAGAGCAGUUGAAGAAGUGAAGAAGUUACUGGUACCUGCAGCUGAAGGAGAAGACAGCCUGAAGAAGAUGCAACUAAUGGAGCUUGCAAUUCUGAAUGGCACCUACAGAGAUGCCAACAUUAAAUCACGUGCGGUGGCUACUAAAGUUCGAAGGCACGAUAUGCGUGUCCAUCCUUACCAAAGGAUUGUGACCGCAGACCGAGCCGCCACCGGCAACUAACCUAUGACCUUCUGACCUCUGAACUCUUCACCCAAUGAUGACCUGACCAUGCCUGCCUGCUGAUCAGUUAACUGGUAAUCGCCUUUGCUUGCCUGUCGUCAGUGCAGCGAGCUGAGGCACUUGUCCGUUCGUCUUACCAUCUAACCAAACAAAAGACAAAGAAAUUGUCCUCCAACUCAGCUUUUCCCUGCCCCCCGUUUGGGUGAAAGUGGUUCUAGAACCUGCACUGAAUAGUAGUAAAGCAAUAAGGCCCGAUUCAUCCCACAGCACUGAUCAUCUUUCAAUGCCCCACCCACCCCAAGCGAACGAACGGUAAGAAGGCCUCUCUUAAGAAGGGGAGACAGAUGGCCCUAACUACUCAAUGACAGAGGCAGUUACUGUGAGAGACUUGUAGGAAUCUCUUUCUUCUCAUAGUGAAGUCAAAGUUCUCUCUGAAUGUACUGUGUGACAAUGCAUCAUGCAUGAACCUUCCUUCGGUCAGGGAUGUCAUUGGUGAAGUGACUUCAAAAGUAUUCAAAAUUUGACAUGUUGUUUGUUUAGUCACUACAGUGCCCUCAAAGGGCAGAAAUUGCAGCCUUUUUAUAUUGCCUGCCAAAAUUUGAAGUAUUAGAACAAAGUGUGCCAUGAGAGAAAAACUUAACAAGGAGUUUUGAAAAGUAAUGCAAAGAACAAAACUGCAACACUAUUUUUAAAAAGUUGAGUAUCUGAGUUAAAAUUUCCAAAUCUUUAUUUUACACCACCUUAAAAAUUAUACAAGAACAAGGUACAUGCAUUAUGUGUCACAUUACUGGGCAAACUGUUCGAAUAUUUUUUUUAAACCUCCCUGUAUAGAAAAUAUCAUUAAGGAUGUAAAAGCCAUGCUUGCCUAUUUGCUGUAUACAUGUAAUGAAAUUGUAGAUAAAGUGUAGUGCAUUGAAACAAAUGAACAAAAAGUAGAUACUUUUACUAUACAAGGGUGCUGGUGCAGAAAAAAAUAUAUAUAUAUUUUUGGAAAUGUAGCAUUUUAUACUUUCAAGUGUUAUUAAAAAAAGAAAAAGAACAAAGAAACCCUUUAUUUCAUUAAAUGAUUUUUUCUGGUGGUUGUCAAGAAACAAAAGACCAAAAGAGCCUUUUUGUCUUUGUUUUUUAUUUUUUAAGUAUUGGAAUAAGUCUAAAGAAAAAGAAAGUGCCUUAUUUUCCUUCAUGGUCAUUUAGUCAAGUGUCCUGCAAGAUCAGCUCCUCCCUCAGAGUAAAAGUUAGUGCAUGUCCUCCAUCGCCCAGUAUGUGAAGGAGAUAAGAGGGGAAACAGAUGAGUUGAUGGUCUAAAUUUUAUGAUUUGUGUCACAAUAUCUUGAUGUCAAUUUGCCAAAUCUGAUACUGUGAAAAAAAUGUGAUAGCUUUUCUAAUGUCUUGACUGGUAAAUUUUAAAAUGUCAUUCUUUUACAAAUCAUAAUUGAGUAGUUUUGGUUAUUGCCAAUUUCAGUGUUAGCCCAGAAGACUCUGAGGUUAGAAAAAAUUAUGUGAGAUCUGAACGUCAGUUUACAGACAAAAUUAAAUUAGAGCUUUAUUUUAUUUAGAGAAGAGGGAUAUAUUGGAUUUUUUUCUUAGUAAUUGGAGAUAAUUGUAAUAUGCCUAACAAAGCUUUUUCACAAAAACAAAUCUUUGAAAUUUUUUAUUGUGGAAAAAAGUGUUCAUAGCCCUAAUUUAAUCAGACUUUAUGUCAUACCAAAUACCUUGUGCAGUCCCUCUCUGCUGGCUUUAGUAACUGCUCCUAAACACACCUUUUUGCCCCCCUUUUUAACUUUAAAGGAAUGCGGAAAGCUAACAUCACAGUGCAUAUAAAUGCUCAGCUACAUUCCUUUUUAUCUUCAGUUUCUCACGAAGUUCAGUUUUGUAGUAAGCAGUUUGUAUGCAAAGCCCGCAUCUAAAUACUUGAGUUGAUAAAUCAUUAACUGCUCAGUACCAGAUGUGGCAAAUGUCAAGUGGUAGUGGAUUCCUGGCUCAUCAACUCAUGCCCUCUUCCAUACUUCCAUGGCUUCACAGUCAAGGUCAGCAGGAAGCUCCUUGGGCACCUUCAUGGUGACCUCGCCAUUAUUGUAUCUCACUUGGAACCAUUUUCAGUUUAUUUACUAUGCAAUAGACAGUCCUUGUUUUGUACUCAGCUAGCUUUGGUUUAAUGUACCACUGCUUUGUCUUUCUGUUACACAUGUGAUUUUGAUUUAUUUACAAUAUAUGCUGUGCCGUUUUGAUUUUUAUUUUGUUUGGUUGGUUGAAUAAAUUUGCGACACUCAGAACACUUGAGGUGAUGGUUAAAAAAAAAAACAAAACAAAAAAAACAGUACCAGUAUUUGAUCCAGUCUCAUCUCAGCUGUGUUAUACCUGGACAUUUUAGAUGUUUAUCAAAGGUCUUUCAUGGGGAAGAAAGUAAAUGUGUAAAACAAUAGACGUGUGACGUUUAUGAGUAAUGCUGGCUCUGAACAAACUUUUGAAAACUUAGUUGACAAUGUUUUGAGUCAACUGAAAAAAAGCAUGACUUUUGGAAUCUCUGAAUGCCUUGGUUCUCAGUAUUAUCACUAUUGAAUUUUUUUCUUAUUAAAGUAUGUAGUUUUUAAGACUUUUUUCCUGACAGUAUUAUGUAAUUUUUUAGCGUGGGUAGAUGGGAGUGUCGCUGGUAUGUUACCAUACAGCUGACAUGUAUUUUUUGUCUAUUCUUUAUUAUCUUAGUAGUUUCAUGCUAUGUAUGUACCAUAACCAACCUAUUGCCUAUGAGAAACAUGUAAGAUAAUGUAUUUACAGCCAUUGUUACAAGUUUAUAAUGUAUUUUUCUAUCUUGUUUUAUAUGUAUGUUAUAUAACAUUCAAAAGAAUUUUUUUCUUGAUUGAGAAAAGGAUACAAAAUGCAAAAUCCACAAUUUUGAUAACUGAAAAUUGCCAAUUGUUUUGCAGUACUUUAUUAUAUUGGGUGUCUUGUCUUUCUUGGGCUUUUAGUUAGCUGAUGAAUGAAUACAUUAGACACUUCUGGGUUUUAGUUGGGAUUUUACAUAGCUUGCAUUUUAAUUCUUUGGUUCUUUGCUGUUUCUAUUAACCCAUAGCAUUAUUUUAAUAAAUGUUAUAAUACCAACCUACUAACUCUGGACUAUGUCUGUUUAUUAACCUUUAUGUGUUUAAUGAAAAUAAGCAAAAAUAAAUAAAGUCUCGAGUUCCUGGACUAACACCGAA